UAUAAACUGCGUCUCCCGUCGUUCCUUGCGUCAUUUUGUCAACAUGGCGCCUGUCUGCCGGACAAAAGGAGAAUGUGUCUGACGGAGGAUUGAAACCCAAUUAGAAACAGAGGAGACAUUUUGGGAAAACUGUCAGUGUCCGUGUGUCCCGGUGGUCCGAGGAAGGCUGAACCUUUAUGGUCGAAUAAGAUCCUGUGAGGCUCGUAGACUGGAAUCUUAAGGAUGUUCCAGCAGAGGGAGGAGCCUCGUUUCACCAUCGAGCAGAUCGACCUCCUCCAGAGACUGAGGAGGACGGGGAUCACGCAGGCGGAGCUCCUGCACGCCCUGGACACGCUCGACCAUCUGGACCGUAAACAUGGACACAAGUUGACCCGCAGACCUUCCCACAUGCCUCCCUCGUCUUCCCUGUCUUCUUCCAGCGCCGUCGCCGCGUCGUCCUCCAUGACCUCCACCGCGACGCAGACGAGUUUCCCCGACAGCCGGCUGUUGCUGUCGCCUAGCAACACCUUUGACAACAACUCUCCUCUUCUACCCGUUCCAGUAGCCUCCCCGGGCGCCAUGGCGGCUGUAGCUCAGAACGGGUUGGUUGCUGUCACUAACGGUAAGCUGUCCCCGCCACGGUUUCCUCUAGGCGUGGUUAGCGGCGGCGUGACGGCUUCAGGCUAUGGGUUUGAGACGAGUGAAGAAGACAUGGACGUCGAUGACAAGGUGGAGGACUUGAUGAGGAGGGACAGCGCUGUCAUCAAGGAGGAGAUUAAAUCCUUCCUGGCCAACAGGCGGAUCUCCCAGGCGGUGGUCGCUCAGGUAACAGGGAUUAGUCAGAGCCGGAUCUCACACUGGCUCCUGCAGCAGGGAUCAGACCUCAGUGAGCAGAAGAAGAGAGCCUUCUUCAGAUGGUACCAGCUGGAGAAAACAAACCCGGGAGCAACUCUGGCCAUGAGAGCCGCCCCGCUGGCUCUGGACGACAUGUUGGACUGGCACCAAACCCCGCCCACUUUUGGCCCCGCCCCUGGGGGCUUCCGUCUGCGCAGAGGGAGCAGAUUCACCUGGAGGAAGGAGUGUCUGGCUGUCAUGGAGAGCUUCUUCAGUGAUAACCAGUACCCCGAUGAAGCCAAACGAGAGGAGAUCGCAUCCGCCUGCAACGCUGUCAUUCAGAAACCAGGAAAGAAACUCUCAGACUUGGAGAGGGUAACGUCUCUGAAGGUCUACAACUGGUUUGCUAACCGCCGCAAAGACAUCAAGAGACGUGCUAAUAUUGAAGCAGCCAUCUUGGAGAGUCAUGGCAUCGAGGUUCAGAGUCCAGGAGGUCAGUCCAACAGCGACGAGGUGGACGGCAACGACUUCCCCGACCAGGGUUGCGAGGUGUCCUUAUUUGAGAAGAGAGCAUCAGCCAGACAGUUUUGUUUCAGUCGAGCCGACCUGUCCUCUCCAACUCAGGUUCCCACGCUGCUUCCCAGCUGGUUCUCUGCCCUGAGCAGAGGAGCCUUGUCUGGACAGAGAGGGGCUUCUCUGAUUGGUCGCUCCCUAGUCUCAGGGGCUGGCCCCCAGGCGGAAGGUUCCAGAUUGACAGGAGUGUCCUGGUCUCCCCCCUCCCCCUCCCUCCAGGAGGAACCCACCAUCCAUAGCGCCCUGUCCGAGCCCCAGGACCCCAUCACUUUGGAAAAGGUCGCUGCCAAUCAUGUGGAGGCAGCAAGGUGCAGUAUGGGAAACGACAUCAAGACGGAGACGCUGGAGGACGACUAAUUUUUUGGGGUAAUGAGUGGAACAGAGGCGUGUUUAUAUGCAAACAGAUUUUAUAGGAAUGUAAUAAGUGGGGGAAAAAAAAUGACCAAAAGUCAUGUAAACUCCGACCCUGAGAUACCUCCCAACCCUACCUCCAACCACCAACCUGCUCUGCUACACUCUUAGAGGCAUUACUCGUGUAUAAUAAUAAAGAUAAUCGCUUUUAGGGCAACGUGAUCCAUCGACUGUGGGAGAUUUAAAAAGCCCAAAAGAUCCCACACAGAUAAUAAUCAAUGAUGUCAUCAUGACAGGGAUGUGCUUAACGUCCCCUCUUUGUGGAUUUCUUUUGGAGCCUUUUAAAUCUUCCCUCAGGACGGGUUUCUUUGAACACCUUGUUUUUUCACAGCAGGACAUCACUGUUUUAGAAACGUGGUUCAGAUAGUUUCAGGGUCUCGCACUGUGAUCACAACACAACUGAACAGCCUCAAAAGAGAAUAUGACUUUCAGAGUUCAUUUUAACGGAUUGUUUUUAAAGUUUCAUGUAGCGCAUUUUAACCACAGAUGAUUUAUAUUUUAAAUGUUCCCUGGUAAAUCCUUCCACUGAGAAGAACAGCAGGUUAAGCUCAUGGUUGUCAUGGUUACAGCUCUUUGGGAAUAUUUCUCUGAUUCUUAAGCCCUUUUCAGACUGUGUCACAACUCAGCCGUCAUCACGUCUUUAUACAUUCAUAUUGUUCCUGUGACGGCGUAACAUUGGUGUCUCCCCGUCCUGUGAGUUUCAGCGUGGCAGAAGCACGGCACAGAGGGAGCUCCACACACACACACACACACACACACACACACACACACACACACACACACACACAGGGUUGUAAAUAUCAUGGCUUGUAACGUCAGUCUGAACAGGGCUUAAGACAAAUUUUAAAAAUAUGUAUAAAUAUGGAAGCAGAGUCCUCCGGAACGUAUAAAAUAAGCUUGAGGUAUGACCAAAGGAAGGCCAUAAUCCUUUUCUAACUUUUGAACAACUGAAUGAAUAAUUUUCAAAUUUAAGUUGAAAUAGAAAUACCGCUGAACGGAUAGCUUUGAAGUGUUUCAUCUGAAACCGUCCUUUUUUUCUGCCUCAAACAUUUGGGGUCGAUUGUUGUUUUUGUACUUUUUAAGGUUUUCAGUCCGUCAUCUGAACGUCUUUCUUGAUCACGUUGUAGUGAAUUUAUUUUGCCAAAUCAUACCGAUAAUCCACUGAGGGGCUGCUAGCUUACCGGUACUUUCUUAAUCGCUGCGUCGUCUUCAGUUGGUCAUCGAAUCGCACUCAGACCGGCUCUGGACUUCAUUGGGUAGUCUUGGCUCGGUCUCGGACAGUCUCUGGAGAGGCACAUCAGGGUGGUGGUCCCAUUUUCAAAAAGGGCAAACCAGGGAACCACACAACUCAACCUCAUGGGAAAGGUUUACUGUAGGGGGCUGGAGAAGAGGUUCUGGACUAUCGCUGGAUUUCAGGUAUACAAGGAACAAUGGCUUCACAUUACUCUCUUCUGGGGAGUUAUUGGAGUUUGCUUACCCAGUUGCUUGUAUCAUCAAAGUGAGAGCUGUGUACACAGACCUGGCAUAAAGUCUAAGACUCCUCGUUCUUGAUGGGUGUCAUGUAAGUCGCUUUGGAUAAAAGCGUCUGCUAAGUGAAUUGUAGAACUGUAGAAUUUGCUGUUUAUGAUUGUUGGACUGGAUCUCAAAGCACAGCCAAGAGAAGGAGCCUGUUUUGUUUGGGGACGUUAGAGUUGUAUUACAUCUCUAUGCAGAUGAUGUGGUUCUGUUGGCUUCAUCAAACCAUCAUCCUAGAUCCUUGCUUGUGUUGUUCUUACUCUCUGAUGUACGUAGCUUUGGAUAAAAGUGUCUGAUAAAUUAAUUGUAGAUUUGUAGAAGGCAUUGGGAUGGUUUACAGCUUAGUUUGAAGCGGUUUAGACAAAAACGGGGCACCUCCAGAUCUGAGGCCAUGAUUCACUUCUUGAGAACUGGAUUAUUUUCUCAGCAGCAGAAGUGAGUUACUGACUGGGAUCUGAUCUGUGAAGGCAAAGCUUUGGAUUUACCACCAUUAUCCCCUGUAGUCAGGAGGUUUGGAUGGUGACCAGAAGAACCAGGCUGCAUAUACAAGCAGCCAGUAAAAGUUUCAUUCGCAUGGCGGCCUGGGCUCAGCCUUCAGGGCCUUUUAGAUCGGAUGUGAUGUAGGGUCGCAGAGCAGAAGGGGAGCACGCACAAAGCAACGGCGCUAGGUGACCGAAACAAUAAUCAGGAAAAUAGCUACUUUGAGUAAUAACGCUCUGAGCUUUCUUCUGCUGAGGAGGAGGAGACGAGCAGCCCAGAAAGAGGGCGUGGCUUCAUGAGAUCCUGAGGGCACGACAAGAUGUGGGAGAGUUUAGUCUCGUCCAGGAGCGACACACAUUUCUGCUGCUGUUCCAAACUUUAUUUUCUAACUGCAUAUUAUUCCAUAUGCUCUUUUGUAAAGCGUCUUGAGAUAACACUUAUGAAUCGGCGCCAUACAAAUAAUGAUUGAUUGAUUGAUGAGGAAACCACCAUAUCUUGCUCGUCUGUCAGGAAGGGGAGCGGCUCUACGAUGAGCUCUGAAGGGCCUUCCAGAUAGGAUUCAGGACGCUCUUAAACCCACUCGUCGUCUAUGCGUUGCAUGUUGUGCAAGGUCGCGCUUACAGUCCGUGCAGGUUAAGGGGAAGUUAAAACAUUUUCAACUAGGGCGCAGCGCUCCAUGACAACACCUCCAUGUGUCCAAAAAGAGUGAAGAUCAGAUCCCAACAAACUGUGUCCCACUUUCUUGAGCUCUAGUUCAAAGACCUACCGGGGCGUCAGAGAGAGAGCUCUAGGAAGGAUUUCUCCUUUGUAUUCCCCGCAUUCCUGUUGUCCACACUUCCUUUCCACUGAGGUAGAGGUCAGAGCUGGCCGUGCAUGAAGGUGAACGCCGGUGGUCGUGGGGCCGCUACAGACAUAUGGUGGUGGCUGGGCGUUGGCCGGUGGUCGUGGGGCCGCUACAGUCCGAUGGUGGUGGCUGGGCAUUGGCCGGUGAUCGUGGGGCCGCUACAGUCAGAUGGUGGGGGCUGGGCAUUGGCCGGUGAUCGUGGGGCCGCUACAGUCAGAUGGUGGGGGCUGGGCGUUGGCCGGUGGUCGUGGGGCAGCUACAGUCCGAUGGUGGUGGCUGGGCGUUGGCCGGCGGUCGUGGGGCCCUACAGUCCGAUGGUGGUGGCUGGGCGAUGGCCGGUGGUCGUGGGGAAGACACAGUCUGAUAUGUUUACCUCCUGGGUGUCUCCCUUUGUCGGUGCUCCAAGCAUUUCCAACCGAUUUGAAAAUCAAGAACAGAUCGAAAGAAUUUCUGUAACACAUCAGACAUGGAAACGCUCGGAGAUCCCCCAAAAAGACUUCAGAGCAAUAUGUCCGCCCCCGCGACCUUUCCGAGGAUGUUCAGGUAAAAUAAUAUUGUGGGGGAAUUCAGAAUCGCAGCCUCCUCUUUUGAUGCACGACUUGAUAUGGAUUUUAAACCCCCCUUUCAACUUUAUAACAUACUCCACAGCUACCGUUUUUAAUUACAUCUUGAUUAAAAUAGUGAAAAUUAUUCAUUCAGUUGUGAUGAAGAUACGAAUCAUAGUGUUUUUUUGUUAAAACACGGGAAUCGUACAUUUUAAAUAAUCAACAGAUUAGUAUAAAACCUGCUGUCCAGGUGAGUGUUCGUCAUUGUGCCGACUCGCCCACCGGGUGACCCGCGUUUGAAAGACGACUGAGAGGAUCUUUAAAUUGAUGUCGGGGAACUCAGUGGUUUGUAGACGCCGCAGGUCGAAGAGUAACGUGAACGCAUACUUAGGCGUGUAUGUAUGCAGAACCACACAAACCUAUAAACAGUAUAUUAUAUAAAGUGUGUGGGUAUAUAUCUGAUCCAUUUCUAUCUACAGUAUCUAGACAUGUUAGCGUGGAGGGAGUGUUUCAUGGCGCUGAAAGGUGAGUGACGCAUCAGCCAAAGUAUUACGUUAAAGUUUUUUUUAGAGUGAAUGAUGGAAAUGGGAGGAGUCACGUCGUAAUCAGAGACGCAUCAGAUGUGUCUCGUUAUUUCAUUUCUUUUUGAAGGUGUAUCCGAGGUCUCGAUACACCAUGUGUUCUAAACACACUCUCCAUGGUUUUAUGUUGAAUGACGCGUCGUCGGGUCGAUGUUAUGGUGCUUAUAGUCCAAACUGUUCAAACAUUUCAAGAGUAUGAAACAGACCAGAGAGGCCGAGUGAAGAGUAGUCCAAUCGAGAUAAAGGAUUCUUGUGCCGCCCUCGUAGAAGUCCUUCUGCGUUCAAAUCUUCAAACGGAUCUUGUUUUACUUUUAAAGCCUUUCACACGUUUUACCUCGCCAUCGUCUGAUGACGGGUCGGAUGAGACGGCGUAGAAGCAUUUACAUCGUGAGAUGAUCAUCUUAAAGUUCUGACACUGUCAGAUAUUUGUCGCAGGCCAUCAUUGGUCUCAAGACCGCAGUGUUGUAGUCAAGACCACACUAACCGAGACCAAGACGUACCCGAGACCAGAGUGAUCUGAGACCAAGACAAGACCAAGGCAGGGCGAGACCGAGUCAAGACCAAGACCAAGACGUUUAGGGAUUGAGACCAAUCAAGACCAAGACCAAGGCAGGGUGAGACAAGACCAAGACGUUUAGGGGUCGAGACCGAGUCAAGACCAAGACAUUUAGGGGUCGAGACCGAGUCAAGACCAAGACAUUUAGGGGUCGAGACCGAGUCAAGACCAAGACCAAGGCAGGGUGAGACAAGACCAAGACGUUUAGGGGUCGAGACCAAGUCAAGACCAAGACAUUUAGGGGUCGAGACCGAGUCAAGACCAAGACGUUUAGAGGUCGAGAUCGAGUCAAGACCAAGACGUUUAGGGGUCGAGAUCGAGUCAAGACCAAGACGUUUAGGGGUCGAGACCGAGUGAAGACCAAGACAUUUAGGGAUCGAGACCGAGUCAAGACCAAGACAUUUAGGGGUCAAGACCAAGACAUUUAGGGGUCGAGACCGAGUCAAGACCAAGACAUUUAGGGGUCGAGACCGAGUCAAGACCAAGACAUUUAGGGAUCGAGACCGAGUCAAGACCAAGACAUUUAGGGGUCGAGACCGAGUCAAGACCAAGACCAAGGCAGGACCGAGUCAAGACCAAGGCAGGGCGAGACCGAGUCAAGACCAAGACAUUUAGGGGUCGAGACUGAGUCAAGACCAAGACAUUUAGGGAUCAAGACCAAGACAAGACCAAGACAUUUAGGGGUCGAGACCGAGUCAAGACCAAGACAUUUAGGGGUCGAGACCGAGUCAAGACCAAGACAUUUAGGGGUCGAGACCAAGACAAGACCAAGGCAGGGCGAGACCGAGUCAAGACCAAGACAUUUAGGGGUCGAGACCAAGACAAGACCAAGACAUUUAGGGGGCGAGACCGAGUCAAGACCAAGACCAAGGCAGGGCGAGACCAAGACCAAGGCCAAGACCAAGGCAGGGCGAGACCAAGACCAAUACCAUAAAUAGCUCUGAAAAAUCCUCAUCUUGUGUUUAGGGGGCGUGUCACUCACUUAGAUCGUAACCGGGGGAUAAAAAUCAAACUACAAAAGAAUUGAAGUUAUUUGUUCUUUUCCUUCUGCUGUCAGUAAUGACGUGGAAAAACAGCCUGUCAGUACUGGUCUUGACCGGUCUUGAUUUAAAAUCUAAAGUCCGCCCCGUCUAAGAUCGAGACCAAGACUGAGUUCAAGUACUACAACACUACAAGACCACUAGAUCGGCCAUCUUCCUGAUCCUCUCUCACAACGCAAUGUUUAGGAGUCACGACCUCAGAUAUGACCACGAUGGAUCAUCUUUCACGGUCUGUACCCGACACGAGGGACAAAUCCUGAACCCUGUUGUGCUUCAUCAGGAGAUCCAAGACGAUCUCAUCUCAUAACGUUGUAUUUAUCGGUUAAAAACAUGAAAUGUCGAGUGUUUUUGGGUCAGCAGAAAGGACUUCUACAUGAGCGGUUCACACAUCACUGAAAAACUCAAUAAGCUAAAGAGCCGACUGUAACGUGGCUCCAUGGAUCUUCACCAGGUGCUUUAAAGCUACUAGUUCAGAGUUCAAACUCAACACAGAUACCUCACUCUCCCCCCGCAGGUAUAAGCUACCCCUCCCCCGCAGGUUCUCCUGAGCUGCUUCAAUGUGAAUCCAAAUUUAAACGCUCCGAGUCUGACUAAGAGUCGAGACGGAGCGCACGCUGUGAUGGCGCCGUAAAGAUGCUUCACUGGCUCGCCAUCAGGAACGUCCGCGUGGUUUAUUUAAAGGGAAAGUCCUUCUCAAAGUCGAGCCAAUAAACAGACAGUUAAAGGGAACUUCCACUCAAUCAACAAAGAGUUAAAUCAUGGCCCCGCCUCCACCAGAUUAAUAACUACAACAUGUUUUUAUUCUGCGCCUCCUGGUGGUUAAAUAUCGUAACUGCGCCGUGUCGUUUCAGUCUGAAUGUGGAUUUUAAAUCGAAUGUCUCUUUGAUUUUACGGCAGCAGAGCUGUCUCAGUGUGUUUGCUUCAAGCGUUUAUAAAACUCUGAGGCAUCGUUAGUCGCGUACGUAGCUCAUUGUUUUGAAUUAUUUACACCAAAACAUUAAAGUGUUUUUUUUUGUUGUAUUUUGAAAAUCUGCCAAGCAGACGCCUUUCUGAAGCGAGCCUCCGGGCUCAUUAAAGACCUCGUGCUGUUCUGAGAUUAUUUCAGGGGUUUAAGUUGUUUCAGCUGCUGCCUUCAGGGUCUCCUGAUAAAACUGUUCAUUAGAGAACUGAAGCAGCAAAGUGUCAUAUUUUAUUACUUUACAGUCGGAACACGUGAAGAAGAGACGAGAAGAAUUCAAACCAUCGGUGAGAAAUGUAAACUUUUACGUGUCACUUUUCAUUUAGUCUUACACGGUGAUGUUAACCUGUGUCACUGAAGAGUAAAGGUUAUUCACAAGUCGACCACGCCCCUUUGACACCAAGCGGUCCAGAUCUGUUCUGUUCCACCAUCAGAAGUCGGGAAUGUUACCAACAAACAGAGACACUACUUGUUUGCUGUCGGGGUACCAAGCGUCCCGAUCCGACCCUUAAGGGCGGAGCUAGACACACUGCAGUCCGUUGAUUGGUUGAAAGAAUCAUCACUUCCCGUGCGACAGCGGUAAUAAAGGAACACUAAACAUGCCAUGCUUCAAUAUCUCGUGGAUUUCAAGGCUGUUUCUGUUGACGUUGAUGACCUCUGCUGGACUUCCUCUUUUUUAUACUGUGUCGCGUUCUUCUUCAUUUUAUUAUUUGGCAGGCUACACUGUGUCACGCUGCUUUAAUGUCACGCUAAUAUGUAGCUAGUUCUCGCCAUCUGGCUCAAAACUCGGCUUACCGAGUAAGAAUACGGCUGACUGUGGAGACGCAAGCAAAAUCUGGUUUGAACGUACCAGACCGUACCGAUCCCAGACCGGACCGUACCGAUCCCAGACCGGACCGUACUGAACCCAAACCAGACCGUACUGAACCCAAACCAGACCGUACCGAUCCCAGACCGGACCGUACCGAUCCCAGACCGGACCGUACUGAACCCAAACCAGACCGUACUGAACCCAAACCGGACCGCUUGGUGGAAACGGGGCUUUGGAUAAAUGACAAACUCUUCAAGGUCUUCGGUGAAAUGUGUCCAGUGUGACCCACAAGAACUCAGUACGGUGUUAAAAAAGCCACUUCCUGUCAUGUGACGGGUCAACAGUAACAUAAUAAAAACAACAUCCCAUAAUAAUAAUAAU